CAUUGAUCCAAACAUGUUAGCCCAGCCCAAGGGAAGAUUUCAAAGGAAAUAAAGGGCAGAAAAUUGUAGUCCGUGGCUAGCCGUCAGAUUUGGUCGCCGUCCGAUGAGCCCUCCAACCGGCGAUCAACCUCAAAUAGCAUCUACAAAACCGAUCCGAGGUCCAAUUGUCGCGAUACUGCUGGAAAUGCCUCCAAAACUGGGUGGAAGUCCGCUAGCCCUCUGACAUCCGUGGGGAAUGGGCGGGGAGGAGAAGCUCCAGCGACGACCAUUGCAUCCCGGAAAAGUCCGGACGUGGACUCCAAUUCUCCUUCGAAGGAACAGAAGGCAGCAGCUCCCAAAUCCAUGCACAUACAAACGGACUCCUCAAAGAUGGAAAUCUAAGAGAAUCUGUAAAACUUGAAAACAUUUGGGAAGUAUUUUUUAUUUUACAAUACUACAAGUCUUUCUGUGAUUUACACUAAAAAUUAUUCACCUAGUCCUAGAAGUCCAGGACCCGGUCCAAAAGCCCAAUUUCCAAUAGAGUCCGGUCAUUCUCGCUUUAUUUAUUUAUUUAUUUAUUUAUUUUUAUGGAAAGACAAAGGUGUGAAAGCAUAUGUGUGUGUGUGAUUUUAAACUCUCCCGAGUUUCGCGCCUUCAAUGAAAGAAUAACCGUUUAACAUGCCUUUUCAUCCGUUAUUCUUGUUUUACCUCUCUCUCUUGUAGCGUUAGUGUACCCCUCUCUCUCUACCCCAAUUUCAAAUUUAAUUACCAACCCAAUUUGCCAAUUUCAAUUUUUUUUUAUUUGAUUUGGGGGGUCAGGGUGUGUGAGAGAGAGGAUUAGAGAAAACGGAGGAUAAUAAUUAAUUGAUGGCAUACAAGGUGGAUCAUGAAUACGAUUACUUGUUCAAGAUUGUGUUGAUUGGAGAUUCAGGUGUUGGAAAAUCAAACAUUCUUUCCAGAUUUACGCGCAAUGAAUUUUGCCUGGAUUCCAAGUCUACUAUUGGUGUUGAAUUUGCAACAAGGACUCUCCAGGUGGAAGGGAAGACAGUUAAGGCACAAAUAUGGGACACAGCUGGCCAAGAAAGGUACAGAGCCAUCACCAGUGCAUACUACAGAGGAGCAGUUGGUGCACUUUUGGUUUAUGAUAUAACCAAGAGGCAAACAUUUGAUAAUGUCCGGAGGUGGCUCCGUGAACUAAGGGACCAUGCAGACUCUAACAUUGUCAUCAUGUUGGCUGGAAACAAAUCUGACCUGAACCAUCUUAGAUCUGUCUCAGCAGAAGAUGCUCAAACGCUAGCCGAGAAGGAAGGUCUUUCAUUUCUUGAGACUUCAGCUUUGGAAGCUUCCAAUGUUGAGAAGGCAUUCCAGACCAUUCUGUUGGAUAUCUACCAAAUUAUUAGCAAGAAGGCACUGACAGCACAAGAGGCAGCUAACUCAACCGGACUUCCCCAAGGGACUACAAUUAAUAUUGCAAAUCUGUCCAGUAAUAUCAACAAAAGAGCUUGCUGUUCUAACUAACAAGGUGUUUAUCUUACAGAUUGGUAAAACGAGGCUAUCACAAUAUUGUUCAUUCGUGUGAAGGGCACGAACAAUAUUCAUUUUUCCUUAUGCCAUGUAUUUGCUAGAGCCAUCUCGAGAGAAGGUUUCUAGUUUCAUUGGAGAGGCAUAGUUCACUAUGAACAGAGGAUUUAGCAUUCUCAUCUUGUGUUCCAUAGCCUCAGGCAUCCACAAAAAAGCUUCGUAACUUUAGCUCAUUA